AAAACAAUGGGUAAAGGACAAUUGGACUGGCAAGAAAAUAAAGAUGUUUACAAACCUUGUUUUGCUUUUCAUUUUUCAUAUAUAAAAGGCAAUUUAAACAGUCAACUCUUCAUCAUAAUCAUAAUCUACUCCAAACAGUCAACAUCAAAAUUUAUAUUCAAUCAAUUGUUAACCAAACACUAUCAAUUCAUCAUGAUGUUCAAAGCUCCAUUGUUUGUUUUAGCUUUCAUUCUCGCUGUUGGUUUGGUUGUUGGACAAAAAGGUGGCUUCAAAUCGGAUCGAUACAUACAACAACAACAAUAUCCAUACUAUUCGGGCAAAACAUCACCUUACAUGGUUCAAUCUCCAAUGAAUCAAUAUCGAUACCCUUAUGCUCCACCAUUAAGUCCAAUUGAACAACGAAGAGCUCAGCUAUUGAUGAGAAAUAUUGGUGGUUAUGAUGAUGAUUCCAGAUACUCUCAAUACAGUGUUGAUAAUUACGAUCCUUAAUUUUGAUUCAUUACAGAGAGUGGAUCCUAUCCUUAUUACGGAUGAGAUAACUGUCAACAGCUUCAUUGCUUACUUUUGACUUUCAAUCCAUUGGAUAAAACAUUUGAUUACGUUGAUUGCUAAUUCUUAAUUUCAUUACAUUGUUUGUCUUAUCUUACCUGUGAAACAUGAUAACAAAUAAAUUUUGACACUUUCAAUUUCUA